AAAGGGGAGGGGUCGAGAAGAGUGGGAGGUGUUGGGGUCUGGAGCCUGCGGCUCAGAGGCUCUGAGGCCGCCCCGGGCUCUCCCCAGCCUCCGGCCCUCUGUAGCCGCCCUUUCCGCCGCGGACACGGGAGAGUUAAGCCAAUAAACACGUAAGCGCCGCUCCCUCCCCAAUCGGCAAGAUGCCUCUCCGGCUCUCGGCUGCAUCGACAGCUUGCAACACUCGGCAUCUUCUCUGGAGGCGCCUCCUUCAGCGGCUGCAGAUGGCAUUCGGCUGCGGGCUCGGGGCUCGCAAUUGAUUCUCCGCCUUGCCCACCUCGAGUUCACGGACGCACCUCUCCCUUCCCCUCCUCCUCUCGCGCUCCUGGGUCCCAGCCCAGCUCCCGUUCGCAGGCGGAGGAAGCAGUCGCAGCGGCCGAGGCUGAACGGCAGCGCGCUCGUUCCCUGACCUGGAGAGCAGCGCCCACCGGGGAGAGCCGACCCCCGGCUGCGUCCAGCGCCCCCCACCUUUUGCACCCCAGGUCAGGGGCUCCAGGGACCCCUCUCCCCAGGCGCCACCAUGCUGGACCCUUCGUCCAGCGAAGAGGAGUCAGAUGAGAUUGUAGAAGAGGAGAGCGGCAAGGAGGUGCUGGGCUCGGCCGCGUCCGGCGCGCGCCUGUCUCCCAGCCGCACGAGCGAAGGCUCGGCCGGGAGCGCCGGCUUGGGGGCCGGUGUUGGUGGCGGCGCCGGGGCCGGGGUGGGCGCCGGCGGCGGCGGGGGCAGCGGAGCGAGCAGCGGCGCCGGGGCCGGGGGUCUGCAGCCCAGCAGCCGCGCCGCCGGCGGCCGGCCCUCCAGCCCCAGCCCGUCGGUGGUGAGCGAGAAGGAGAAGGAAGAGUUGGAGCGACUGCAGAAGGAGGAGGAGGAGAGGAAGAAGAGACUGCAGCUCUAUGUGUUCGUCAUGCGCUGCAUCGCCUACCCCUUCAACGCCAAGCAGCCCACCGACAUGGCUCGCCGGCAGCAGAAGAUCAGCAAACAGCAGCUGCAGACUGUCAAAGACCGGUUUCAGGCUUUCCUGAAUGGGGAAACGCAGAUCGUGGCUGACGAAGCCUUCAUGAACGCCGUCCAGAGUUACUACGAGGUGUUCCUGAAGAGCGACCGUGUAGCCCGCAUGGUCCAGAGUGGGGGCUGCUCUGCCAAUGACUCACGGGAGGUCUUUAAGAAGCACAUUGAGAAGCGGGUGCGCAGCCUGCCUGAGAUUGACGGCCUCAGCAAGGAGACUGUGCUAAGUUCUUGGAUGGCCAAAUUUGAUGCCAUCUACCGUGGGGAGGAGGACCCCAGAAAGCAGCAGGCCCGGAUGACGGCCAGCGCAGCCUCUGAGCUGAUUCUGAGCAAGGAGCAACUCUACGAGAUGUUCCAGAACAUUCUUGGGAUCAAGAAGUUUGAACAUCAGCUCUUGUACAAUGCCUGUCAGUUGGACAAUCCGGAUGAGCAAGCUGCCCAGAUUAGACGAGAGCUGGAUGGACGUCUCCAAAUGGCAGACCAAAUAGCCAAGGAACGCAAAUUUCCCAAGUUUGUAUCCAAAGAAAUGGAAAACAUGUACAUCGAAGAGCUAAAGUCGUCCGUCAACCUGCUCAUGGCCAACCUGGAGAGCAUGCCUGUGUCCAAAGGCGGGGAGUUCAAACUGCAGAAGCUAAAGCGCAGCCACAACGCCUCCCUCAUUGACAUGGGCGAGGAGAGCGAGAACCAGCUCUCCAAGUCAGACGUCGUGCUGUCUUUCUCCUUGGAGGUGGUGAUCAUGGAAGUCCAGGGACUGAAGUCUUUGGCCCCAAAUCGCAUCGUGUACUGCACAAUGGAGGUGGAGGGAGGAGAGAAACUACAGACUGACCAGGCCGAGGCUUCCAAACCCACCUGGGGCACCCAGGGGGACUUCUCUACAACCCACGCACUGCCCGCUGUGAAGGUUAAGCUGUUCACGGAGAGCACAGGUGUCUUGGCCUUGGAAGACAAGGAGCUUGGGAGGGUGAUCCUCCAUCCCACGCCGAACAGCCCCAAGCAGUCAGAGUGGCACAAAAUGACCGUCUCCAAAAACUGCCCCGAUCAAGAUCUCAAAAUCAAACUUGCCGUCCGAAUGGAUAAGCCGCAAAACAUGAAACAUUCUGGGUAUUUGUGGGCCAUCGGUAAGAAUGUCUGGAAGAGAUGGAAGAAAAGAUUUUUUGUAUUGGUGCAGGUCAGCCAGUACACAUUCGCCAUGUGUAGUUACCGGGAGAAGAAAGCAGAGCCUCAGGAACUUCUGCAGCUGGACGGCUACACUGUGGACUACACCGACCCCCAGCCAGGUUUGGAGGGUGGCCGAGCCUUCUUCAACGCCGUCAAAGAAGGAGACACAGUGAUAUUUGCAAGUGAUGAUGAGCAGGAUCGCAUCCUCUGGGUACAAGCCAUGUACCGGGCCACCGGGCAGUCACACAAGCCUGUGCCCCCGACCCAAGUUCAGAAACUCAACGCCAAGGGAGGAAAUGUGCCACAGUUGGAUGCCCCCAUCUCUCAAUUUUACGCAGAUAGAGCUCAAAAGCAUGGCAUGGAUGAAUUUAUCUCUUCCAACCCCUGUAACUUUGACCACGCUUCCCUCUUUGAGAUGGUGCAACGCCUUACUUUGGAUCACAGACUUAAUGAUUCCUAUUCUUGCCUGGGCUGGUUCAGUCCUGGCCAGGUGUUUGUACUAGACGAGUAUUGUGCCCGAAAUGGAGUCCGCGGCUGCCACCGACAUCUCUGCUACCUCAGAGACUUGCUUGAACGGGCGGAAAAUGGCGCCAUGAUCGACCCCACCCUCCUUCACUACAGCUUUGCCUUCUGCGCAUCGCACGUCCAUGGGAAUAGUCAACAAAUGCAUGUGUAUCUUAGUGGGCUGACACCAAACACAGAUCCUGAAGGGAGCAAAACUCCCUCCUCACCUGAACCAGAGGCUAAAAAAGAUACCAAAAAGGAAUCUAAAAAAAGAAAAGAUUUCAAAAUCCAGGCGAAUCAGGAGCCCAAAAGGCCCGAUGGAAUCGGAACUGUGACUGUUGAAGAAAAGGAACGUUUUGAAGAAAUCAAGGAGAGACUCCGGGUUCUGUUGGAAAAUCAGAUAACACAUUUUAGGUAUUGCUUUCCAUUUGGUCGACCUGAAGGUGCUUUAAAAGCUACUCUCUCGCUCUUGGAAAGGGUUUUGAUGAAAGAUAUUGUCACCCCAGUGCCACAAGAAGAGGUAAAAACAGUCAUUCGCAAAUGCUUAGAGCAGGCUGCUUUGGUCAACUAUUCAAGGCUCUCAGAGUAUGCCAAAAUUGAAGCUCCCCGGCCGCCUCCUGGGCCUCCUCUUCCACCCACCCAAAAGCAGACCAGCCUGUUAUAUCAGAGGUUCAAAGGCAUGCCUAGGCCAAAAUCAAAAAAUGUAGGCCGGUUAAUCACUCCUGCCAAAAAGCUUGAAGACACAAUACGUCUUGCUGAAUUAGUCAUUGAAGUUCUCCAACAAAAUGAGGAGCACCACGCAGAGCCACAUGUUGAUAAAGGAGAAGCCUUCGCGUGGUGGUCGGACUUAAUGGUGGAGCACGCGGAGACUUUCCUGUCGCUCUUUGCGGUGGACAUGGACGCAGCGCUAGAGGUGCAGCCCCCCGACACCUGGGACAGCUUUCCACUGUUCCAGCUGCUGAAUGAUUUUCUCCGUACUGACUAUAAUUUGUGCAAUGGAAAAUUUCACAAACACCUUCAAGACCUGUUUGCCCCACUUGUUGUUAGAUAUGUGGAUUUGAUGGAGUCCUCAAUUGCACAAUCCAUUCACAGGGGCUUUGAGCGGGAGUCAUGGGAACCAGUCAAGAGUUUAACCAGUAACCUACCCAAUGUGAACCUACCCAAUGUGAACCUUCCCAAAGUACCAAAUCUACCAGUUAACAUUCCUCUAGGCAUCCCACAAAUGCCUACUUUUUCGGCACCGUCAUGGAUGGCUGCUAUAUAUGAUGCUGAUAAUGGAUCAGGCACUUCGGAAGAUCUGUUCUGGAAACUCGACGCCCUUCAGACCUUCAUUCGGGACUUGCACUGGCCUGAGGAAGAGUUUGGAAAGCACCUGGAACAACGGCUGAAGUUGAUGGCAAGUGACAUGAUUGAGUCUUGUGUCAAAAGAACCAGGAUUGCAUUUGAAGUUAAGCUGCAAAAAACCAGUCGAUCAACAGAUUUUCGAGUCCCACAGUCAAUAUGCACCAUGUUUAAUGUUAUGGUUGAUGCCAAAGCUCAAUCAACAAAACUUUGCAGCAUGGAAAUGGGCCAAGAGCAUCAGUACCAUUCAAAAAUAGAUGAACUAAUUGAAGAAACUGUUAAAGAAAUGAUAACCCUCUUGGUUGCAAAGUUCGUUACUAUCUUGGAGGGAGUACUGGCAAAAUUAUCCAGAUAUGACGAAGGGACUUUGUUUUCUUCUUUUCUGUCAUUUACCGUGAAGGCAGCCUCCAAGUAUGUGGAUGUACCUAAACCCGGCAUGGACGUGGCCGAUGCCUACGUGACUUUCGUCCGCCACUCUCAAGAUGUCCUGCGUGAUAAGGUCAAUGAGGAGAUGUAUAUAGAAAGGUUAUUUGAUCAAUGGUACAACAGCUCCAUGAACGUGAUCUGCACCUGGUUGACGGAUCGGAUGGACUUACAGCUUCACAUUUAUCAGUUGAAAACACUAAUUAGGAUGGUGAAGAAAACCUAUAGAGACUUCCGGUUGCAAGGGGUCCUGGACUCCACCUUAAACAGCAAGACCUACGAAACCAUCCGGAACCGUCUCACUGUGGAGGAAGCCACCGCAUCAGUGAGCGAGGGUGGAGGCCUGCAGGGGAUCAGCAUGAAGGACAGCGAUGAGGAAGACGAAGAAGACGAUUAGCCCGUCGGUCCCACAGUCCACGAGAAUAGAGUCCUGUAAUCAAUGCAUGUCCUUAGUCUGUUAGCUAACCCCAUUAGGGAAUUUUCUGUCAACUCUCAUGACCAUGAAGCAUUCACCAAUACAAUUGUCAUCUUAGCUAUGUGGUCCCAAGAGUAGCAAAUGACCUUUGACUCCCUGAGUUCCUGAUUCCGUGUCUCUAUGUUUACAAGCAAUAUGAAGCACCAUUCUUUAAAUACUGUUCCUGGAGAAUACAUAGGCCAGCUGCUAGGUGUGUCCCUGUUAUCAGCAGUUGAAGCUUCAUUCAUAUACCUCGUGUGCACUGAUGGUCAGUGGAUCUGAGGAUGAGGACACCAGGCACUUCUUUGCUUCCCGUCUGUGGAUGAGUUAUUUCAAUGAGUACAUAAGUAAAGUCAUUAAGGCACAUAGAUUUGCUUUGUGUUUUGGAAAAAAAAAAAAAAAGGCAAGGCUCCGGCAGCAAACUUUUAGUUCUUUCUGUUCCCUUAAAAUUAAAAAAUGGACCCCUUGUGUCCUUGUUAAUCCAUCCUUUGACUUCUCUAUUUAGUUAGCCACGAAGACUAUGUACCAGUGGAUUGGUUCUCCUAAUUGCCACGGGAAGGGAGCGAUCCUAUCGUGGCCUAACAUCAAGCACAGUUCUGAGCAACUGUCUUCUGUCAAAGUUUAUCCUAUUUAAUGUUUCAUUUUGCUUUUAUGUUUCAAUAACUGUGUAUGUUAAAAAAUGGAAUAUUUAAAUUACAAUCCUAGACUAUAAAUGUGUUUAUAAUAAGAUACGGAUAUUUCCUUCAGUAGACUGUAACCAUAAUUUAAAUUAUUUUGGUCCACACUGUUUUUUAUAUCUGUCAUGUACAUUGCAUUUUGAUCUGUCACUGCACGACCCUGGGGUCAGAUGCAGAGCUAGUUCUUUUCUGUGUAAAGUCGUGGAUCCAUCUUGCUUUUGCCUUAUAUAAAGCCUACAGUUAUGAAAGUGUGGAAAACUGUGGCUCCUCAAUAAACAACAGUUCAAAUGUCCUAAGAAUA